UUGUUUUGCUGUGUGCAUUUGUGUUCACAGAAAAAUGGCAGAAGCCAGUAUGUCAUGGCUUGAGGAUCACUUCAGCUGUUCAGUCUGUCUGGAUCUACUGAAGGAUCCAGUGACCUUUCCCUGUGGACACAGUUACUGUAUGAGCUGUAUUACAGACUGCUGGGAUCAGGAUGAUCAGGAGGGAGUCUACAGCUGCCCUCAGUGCAGACAGACCUUCACUCCAAGACCUGUUUUAGGUAAAAACACCAUGCUGGCUGAAGUGCUGGAGAAACUCAAGAAGACAAAACUACAAGCUAAUUGUCCUGUUUGGUGUGAGUGUGACGUCUGUACUUGGGAUAAAAACAAAGCCAUCAAGUCUUGUCUGGUGUGUCGGAUCUCUUUUUGCCAAAAUCACCUCAAAGAACAUGACAGUUUCUUUCAACAACACGAUAUGACAGAUGUCACGGGGCGACUGCAGGAGAUGAUCUGCUCUCAACAUGAUAAACCGCUGGAAUUUUUUUGUCAUACUGACCAGCAGUAUAUCUGUUAUCUGUGUAUGAUGGACGAGCACAAAAACCAUGUGGCUGUAUCAGCUGCAGCAGAGAGGAGUAAGAAACUGAGACAAUUCCAUCAGGAUAUCCAGGACGAAAAGGAGGGGGUUAUGCGUUUUAAAGCAGCUUCAGCUGACGUGGUGAGUUUUGAAAAGAUCUGAAAGAACAGUUGCAGAACUGCUCCAGUCAGUCAGUG